AUGGCUUCGAUGCCCAAGUUCUCUUACCAGAGGCUGACCAACGAAGAAGAAACAUCAAUCCGAUUCAAGAGCGAGAGGAAAUGGUCGAGGAUCACCAUUAGAAAGCGACCGAAGCUCAGAAUUCCGGGGCUAAGAAGGUUCCUCAGAAGGAGAAGCCGAGUUUUCUUGAGGCUUAAGCUUUCAUGGAGGAAGGCUUUGGAAAGGCUGAAGAAUGGACAGUCUCACAUGAACGAUUUGUACGGUGGGAAUUUCCUGGUUAUGCAACAUAACAACACUCCUUUCGAAACUGGAAAGAGCCCAUUUUAG